GCUGCUGGCGGCUACCGGACUCUGUGGGGGGGAAAAAGAGAGAGAGAGAGAGCCGGGGAAUUAGAUCGCUGAGCGGUCUAAACACCCCCGCGCAGGAAUAGCGGGAGAUGUAACCCGGGCGCGCGAUCCAGAGGGUUUGCACCUGAGUUCGCAGGAAAGGGGCCAGUAGGCGAGACCCCUUUGCGGCGGUGCCCCCGGCCCCUGGAUGGAAGCGGGGGAUGGGGUCGUGGAGAAGGAGGGCAGCUCCGAGCGCUUCUCUUCCCCUCCCGUGAAUUAGCACCGCUGCCACCCCCCGAGGGAAAGGACGGGGCAAGGCGGGGGAGAGUGGAAGCAGAAGGCGAAGGAGCUCCGGCUUCCGCGGCGAGACUCCGCUCUGAAGUUAACGCGAAGGGCGGAAGGCAGAAGCGAGGAAAGCGAUGCAGUCGAGGCUGGGCUGGUUUUGGUGGUGGGCGGCGGUGUGGGGCAGCUCUUGCUGCUGCGCCCUGCCUGGGCUGCCUCUCCUGCCCGCCGCGGGGGCGCUUCUCCUGGGCAGCAGGAGUGCCGUGGGCUACGGCCCCGGGAGCGGUAAGCCUCAGCCUCAGGCGCCCGUCUCCAGCUCUUCCUCCCCAGCGGGCUUCCUCUACCGUCGCCUCAAGUCCCACGAGAAGCGGGAGAUGCAGAAGGAAAUCCUGUCUGUGCUGGGCUUGCCUCACCGGCCCCGGCCCUCGCACGGGCUUCAGCUGCAGCAGCCGGGAGAGCCCGAAGUUCCUCUCCCUCAGCAGCGCCGGCGGCAGCAGCAGCAGCAGCAGUCAGCGCCCCCGCUGGGCAGGCUGAACUCCGCGCCCCUCUUCAUGCUGGAUCUUUACAACACGCUGUCCGGCGAGGAGGAGGAGGAGGAGGAAGCGGCGGCGGCGGCGGAGAAAGGAGAGCCCGAGCAUCACGGCGGCACCCGGCACAUCUCCACUGCGCGACCCUUGCAGCGCAAAACGCUCCUGACCCACAACCUGGGCUCCUCCGGCAAUCCGAGCCUGGCGAGCUCGCAGGACAGCACUUUUCUCAACGAGGCCGACAUGAUCAUGAGCUUCGUCAACCUGGUUGAAUAUGACAAGGAAUUCAUGCCUUAUCAGCAUCAUCACAAGGAGUUCAAAUUUAAUUUGUCUCAGAUUCCAGAAGGAGAGGCCGUUACUGCUGCUGAGUUCCGAAUCUACAAGGACUGUGUUUUUGGAGGCUUUAAAAAUCAAACCUUUCUGAUUAGCAUCUAUCAAGUAUUGCAAGAAUAUCAGAACAGAAAUUCAAACCUGUUUAUGCUGGACACCCGAAUAGUAUGGGCCUCAGAAGAAGGAUGGCUAGAAUUUGACAUCACUGCUACUAGCAACAUGUGGGUGAUAAACCCUCAGCAUAAUUUGGGACUCCAGAUGAGUGUGGUGACUAGAGAUGGUCUCAGUAUAAAUCCUAGAGAAGCAGGACUAAUAGGUCGAGAUGGCCCUUAUGAUAAACAGCCUUUCAUGGUGGCUUUUUUUAAAGUGAGUGAAGUUCACGUUCGGACUGUUAGGUCAGCACCCAGCAGACGCAGGGACCAAAGCAGAAACCGCUCCACACAACCACAAGAUGUUUCCAGGACAUCCAGUAUCACAGAUUACAACAGCAGCGACCUAAAAACGGCUUGCAGAAAGCAUGAACUCUAUGUUAGCUUCCAAGACUUGGGAUGGCAGGAUUGGAUAAUUGCACCAAAGGGUUAUGCAGCAAACUACUGUGAUGGAGAAUGCUCUUUCCCUCUCAAUGCUCAUAUGAAUGCCACAAAUCAUGCCAUUGUGCAAACAUUGGUUCACCUAAUGAAUCCAGAGAACGUUCCUAAACCAUGUUGUGCUCCUACAAAACUUAAUGCAAUUUCAGUUCUUUACUUUGAUGACAAUUCCAACGUCAUUUUGAAAAAAUACAGGAAUAUGGUGGUAAGAGCUUGUGGGUGUCACUGACAAAAGUAUCUUUAUAAGACGCAGCAAAAAAGAAAAUCCAAUCCUUCUGGAACAGCAUUUGUGCCUUAAGAAAGAAUAAUGAAA